CCUGAGUCGUCCACACACUCAAGAUGGGUGGCGACGUGUCGAGGAACGGCAAGAUCGGCGCCGGAGUGGUGUUGUUCCUGGUGCUGGCGGUGGUGGCGGUGCUGGCGGUGGGCUCGGCGGUGGGCUGGUACGACGAGGAGGAGGCCAAGACCCUCGGCCCUCUCGCUGGACAAAAGGAACGGCUGGAUGGCGGUAGCUUGAAACCAACACAAGUCGAGACCUUCACUGAACCUCGAGCACCUUGGCGACCCUACGAGGAGGAACAACACGAAAACCAGUAUGUAGACAGCCAGACUUCAGGACUCUUCGUGCCUCAGGAGGAAUGGGCGGACGAGAUCGGGAUAGGUGGGCGGUGUGGAUGCAACCUGUCCACUCUGGUCCACCUAGUGAGCGCCCGCAUUCCCCGUGGGCCGCCGGGGAUGCCAGGCAGGGACGGCACCCCGAGCCCCCCUGGCCUGUCGGGUAAUCCAGGACCACAGGGGGAGCGAGGAUUGCCUGGGCGACGUGGUGAGAGGGGCGAGCGAGGAGAGGUGGGAUCCCCAGGGCCUGAGGGAUACCAGGGGCCGAAAGGAGAGCCAGGGGUGGACGGUCUCAUAGGUCCAGUAGGUCCCCCAGGCCCCCCAGGACCCCCAGGACCACCAGGAUGGACGUGGGGAGACAGCAGCUCGAAAAAACCUGGAUGGAGGCACCCUAGCGACGGAUACCAGUCCCACUUGGAAGGCGCGCACCCCGAGGUAGUUCCCCUUAUGCCCUCAGGCCGCCCGGGUCCUCAAGGGCCUCCUGGCAUCACUGGCGACGUGGGUCCAAGGGGUCCUCGUGGUUACUCAGGGGCAAAGGGAGACAGAGGAUACAAGGGACCCAAGGGACAGAAGGGAGAGGAGGGGCCACAGGGACCUAACGGGCGUCUGGGUAACAAGGGAACACGCGGACCCCCCGGUGUGGACGGUCUUCCAGGGACACCAGGACUCAAGGGACAGAAAGGGGACCGUGGGCCGCGGGGACAUGGGCUGCCGGGUCCCAGGGGUCCACCCGGGGAGGGCGGUAGCUUCUCACAGGAGGAGGUGAGGACAAUGGUGCUGUCUACUCUGAAGGUCUACGUGGACACCAACCCGACGGAGAGAACCAACCUGAAGAACCUUGCUAGUAAGAUCGAACUGGUGAUGUCCAAGGGCGUGGAUGGGACCCCAGGACAUCCCGGCAUGAAGGGAUCCAAGGGGGAGGAGGGACCACGGGGACCUCUAGGACCCCCAGGACACCCUGGCACCUCCGGACCAAUGGGUGAGCCAGGUGAGCCAGGACCCAGAGGCAGGGACGGUCGGACAGGUGAAAAAGGUGAGGCCGGAGCUCCUGGACCCAUCAUGACUACUAACGGAACCAUCGUUGAGGUCAAGGGACAGAAGGGUGACCGUGGACAUAAGGGAGACAUGGGCACCAGGGGUCCCAUCGGUCCUCCAGGCCCCCCAGGACCCCCAGGGAUGCAGGUAGGACAAGACCGCUUCUCCAUCACUCAAGACACCUUCGACGUGGCCGGCAUCAAGGGGGAGAAGGGAGAUCGAGGCGUGCCUGGCCCACCUGGUCCUCCUGGGAACAGCCUCGCCACUAUGGACCGUGUCUCUUACACCAGCGGGGGAGUUUACGGUCUCAUGCCCCGUCCCCGCCCCCGCCUGGGUCAGAAUGACUACGGCAUGGACGACGACAACGACAGGCCCCUGAUGGGUGAACCAGGACUGCCAGGCUCAGAGGGACCCCCAGGACCUCCAGGGCCCAAAGGUGAACCCGGACUCCCAGGACCCCCCGGCCCUCCAGGAGCCCCCGGCCAGUCUAGCGGUGAUCCCCAGCUGAUGCCCAUCCCAGGACCCCCCGGUCCCCCAGGCCCCGCCGGACCACCAGGACUCAGCACCUCCCCUCACUUCAUCCCUCGCAGAUACGAUUUCGGGUUUGGCCGAGGCGCCUCAGGAUCUCCCCUCCACGGCGAAGGAGUGUUCCGGUCCCCGCCCGCCACCACCACUGUUGGCCUCGGUUUGGGCUCCAGUGCGCCCCUCACCUUCACGUCCCGCCAGGCAAUGCUGCAGGCGUGGUCCCAGUACGACCGAGGAACGCUUGCCUACGUGCUGGAUGACGAUUCUUUGUUCCUGCGCGCGGCGAGAGGGUGGCGGGAGAUUAUGAUGGGAACGGACCUGGCGCCACAGAAGGCCUCGCCCAUCCCCACACGUCCUCCCUCCACCACCCCGCAACACAACCCCAACGUGGAGACCCUGCCCGAAGAACUAGCCACCGAUCACAGCACCGGCGGGAGGUCCUGGGUGAGUCCUACGAGAGGUCCCUGGUGGGGAGAACCUCUUACCACGGACACUGAGAGUGAAGAAUGGAAUCUGAAGGAGCUGCGUGUCGCGGCCCUCAACGAGCCCGGGAACGGGGACCUCCACGGCGCAGGCGCGGACUACACCUGCUAUAGACAAGCACGCACGGCCGGUCUUCGGGGCACCUUCAAAGCGCUGCUAUCGGGACCCAGACAUGACGUGGCUUCACUGGUACGCUUCGCAGACAGACAGCAACCUAUUAUCAACCUGAGGGGCGAAGUGGUUCUGGGCUCGUGGCGUGACGUGGUGGCUGGGGAAGGCGCACAGUUUCUCGAGCAGCCCAAGAUUUAUUCCUUCGAUGGGCGUGACGUGAUGCAGGAUCCGAACUGGCCUGUCAAGUACGUCUGGCACGGCUCAAACAAAUACGGCGAGACGUCUCACAACUAUAACUGCAACGCCUGGUCCAGCUCCUCGGCUCGGGUCUUCGGGAUGGCCUCCUCGCUGGCCUCGCUCAAACUCCUCGGCCAGAAGAAGCUUCCUUGCGACAACAGACUCAUCGUUCUCUGCAUCGAAACCUCCAGUACUCUCCCGAAGCGAAGGAAGCGGAAGGCGUCGAUGGAGGGAGAGAGUCUAGACCAGGAGCUGCAGGAAGGACUUCAGUUUGAUUACCAGGAUCCUGAAGGAGAGGUGGAGGACACGCCGUACGAGGGUGAAGGUCAGGAGGGCCAAGACGCAAGUAGGAAUGAGGUGUCUUCUUCAGGUGAAUCUGUGACCACAGCAGAAGUUGAGGACCACAUUGAGGUCUACAAGAGGGGAGAAGGACAGCAAGCCAAGCCACCGAGCCUCAUAGACGACUUGGUUUAUGAGAUCUAGGGCUCUGAAAGAUCCGUGACGUGUCCAUCCCUAAUCUUCGCGCCAUGUACAGUAUCCCAAAGAUGUUUCUCGUCCGUACGUCACUUUUCUCUUAUUGUACGACUUCCCUCAACAGAGCACGUUUGGAGCAACACGGGUUUGUCGCAGAGAAAAGAGGUGCUCGCCUGCCUAUUGGUCGUCUUCGUCAUCGUGUCGUCUGGUAGAGUCUACAUACAUAGCUGCUCUGUGUCCUGUUGCCGCGCGCUGCUCACUUUUGACUCACCAUGUACCGUGAAUCGCCGUCGCCUUCCGCAGCUCUGGUAUCCUACGCCCUACGUUUUCUUCAGGCGACGAACUCAAUACUUCCAUGCUGUUUUCUUUUUCUUCACGGCUCUAAGUCUUCCUUCACCACCACAUCUGUCUUGGUGCCUCAGUCUCGUGUCAGCUUCCCUUGCCUGGCAGCGAGAAAAGGUCAAGGCCCAAGACGCUGCUGAAGAACACUCCUCCCGGUGUUAUUAGUGGCAGACGAUUCCUUCAUACAGUAUACACACCUUCGUCGCGUCCUCAGCACCUCAGUGGCCUCCUCCGUGGGUUCCUCCUUCAGGUUGAGCACCGUCGCCCAUCUGUAAGGACACGCACUUGUCCGUGAUGCUUCCGUAACCAAGUCUUCCAGUGUGAUAUGCCUUGUCGCGCCUCAAGUAACUCAUGUCUUCCAGUCUGUGUAAAUACUAGACCUAACUAUAUUUUACUCACUCCAGGACUCGCCGUGAUGAGUCUCAAGGAGUCUCCCUCUUUAUCGAGUUUCAAGUAUAGCACUGAUUUGCUGCUGUUGUUCUUCAGAUAUCUUGUAAAGACUACUCCUAAGAUUAGCGAGAUUUAUACACGUGUUUCUGUUGUCCGUGAUUGACAAGGGACUGGUUUGCGACUUUUCAAGCCAACUGUAUCUCGCUCCAAGAGAGAUACAAGAUUUUACUAUAGUUGUACUAGUUCUGCGUCCUUACUGCUGUUGACUUGCAUACACACACACACACACACACACACACGGAUGGCUUUAUUUUACGAAUGUGGCACAAAUACACUCCAACACUGCACUACACGAAGGUGAUGUCAAACCUUCUUAGCAUUAUGAUCCGCUGCAUCAGUGAGAGGAGGUGAUGGUCUUCCUUCUCCAAGUUUUCUUUUCUGCAUGCAUUACAAAUUACUUACUCCUCGUCGACACAUCACAGAGCAAACAUGUCCCGGAAACACGAAUGAUUAAAACUGGUGUUAAAAGUGUACUGAUAAGCGCGUUUUUUAUUCAUGACAAGCUGAAGAUUUAGGAGAAUUAUAUUAUGAAGUAUUUAGACAGAUUAAACUUUUGUAAGUUAUUAUGUGUAGAGGAUACAUUGGUGCUUCCUUAGAUUAAUUUGAAGAGCUCAGUUUCAAGAAAAUAAAGGGAUGAAGAGGAGUGUGUUCCAGUAAUGUCCUUAAGGUGGAGGUUGGGAGAAAGGUGUUUCCUUGUAAGGUUAAGAUUCGUUUUCUGAAACACUUUUACGCCGCAGUACAUUCAGAAGACUCUAGUUGAAGUUAAACGGGUUUUUAAGGGUAUUUUUGAUGAUUCUAGUGACAGAUUCACGAUAUUUCUACAUUAUUAAUAGGAUAAAUACUCUUGACAACUUGGAUGAUCAUCUCUGUGGCCAUUGAAAAUAGUCGUGGUGAGAGAGCAAAAAGGUUUCUGAAUACGGGCCUAAGAGCUACAGGCUCGUUACAGUUGAUGUCUGAGAAAAUAAAAGAAUGUAAAGGAGUUUUUCAGUGGUGCUCCUGAUAUAGAGCGUGGGAAAGUAUUUCAGAAUUAUGAGCUGGAUAUCAGAGUUCAAGAUGAUGCCCUGGAAGAUAAAGGGACGAAAAAAGUGUUGCAUUGGUGUAUCUUAUCUAUUCGUCGAGAAGGGAGUGCUUUCAAUAACAUAGUCAUGAGUGUUUUCAAAAAUUAAGAGCUGGGAAGUCGCGUUCCAAUACGUCUAAAAAUAUAUAGAUGAAAAGAAUGUUUGAGCGGUGUUCUUGAGAGAGAGAGAGAGAGAGGGCGGGAGAGGAGGGAGAGGGGAGCUUCUAUCACGCCUUGGUAACUUAAUCAAUAAAGUAUUGUUGAAGUGAUUACAGCCUAAUCAUAACUUGUCUCUAGUUAACCCACUGCAAGCCUUCCAGUAUUCUCUGAACUGCUGUAUAAGUCUGAGUCACAUGAAAAUAAACUACCAGAUAUUUUGAGGUGGGUUGGGGUAAGUUAAGGUUCGAUUACUCAGUCUAAUAUAACGUAACCUAAUUAACCUAACAUAAAUCCAAAGAUAACUAGGGUGGCUCAUCUUUCUGCAAUCCGUUCUGAGAGUAGCUCGAAUCUCAGUCUUAUAGUAUUUACCUGGCUAUUCCAAGUAUCUCCUGUUUGCUGGUGUCACUGUACGAUAACUGACAAUGUACUGCUUUGGUAUCGUGUCUCGAAAACUGAAUGCUUGGUAACAAUGAGGUCUUUCUGUCACACGUAAGACAGGGUGUGGGUAAGGCAGAUAGAAUAUUUCUGUUACACAUACACACACACACACACACACACACACACACACACACACACACACACACACACACACCUGCUUCUCCACCUUUUAUCAUCAUCUCGACUCCCGAACAGACACAGCCUACCCAAGAAUGCUAUAUUUAUACAAAGUUUACCAAAAUAAAGAUCGAAAAAACAGA